AUGCGUCGGCUCCUUUUGGACACCGGCACCCGCGUGCCGACGGUGGCUUUGGUGCCGCACACGCACGCGAUCGCGGCGCAGUUUCUGGCUGCGUUCAAGCGCAACGACAAGCCUUGCUGCCACCUGCUCGGCGACUUGCUUGUCCGCAUGUGCGUCGACCACCCGUACCACGUGGCGCACGUCAUCGCGCAGCGGCUUUUUCGAAACUCUCGGGAACUCCAGAGUUUCACGCAGUGGCUCUUCGAGAACCCCCGCGACUUUGUCGGCCGGCGCAUCCGCCAGCAGUCGGACCGCGCGGCUCGACUCUUUGACGCAGCGUGCAAGCUGGCGGCGAGGACGUCGGCGUGCUGGAGUUCGUCGCCAACGCCGAGCCGCUGGUGA